UCACUGACUAGUCUAGCAGUCUAGACUAAGAUCCACCAUGACAGUCUAAUAACUAGGGGCCUUCGAUGGGAAGUUUUACCUAAAUUACUGGGCCACGGUUGUGGCCACUGAUUUUAUAGUUAAUUGAAUUCUAGACUAGACUUACGUCUAACUUACAGUGAUGUCCUCAAACUUCAAUCAGACUACAGAUAUCAAUGAUAGUUAUUGAUAGUAUGUGAUAGUGAUAAAUGUCACGUGAGAAAACUGUCUAAGAUCAGAGUACAGACAGUAUGAUAAUGAGUAUGGAGAUAGACCGUGCAAUGCUCAGAAUGCUGAUUUAAUGGUGGCCUACUCAACCCGAGGCGGCUUAAAGCAAAAACAAAAACAAACGCAGCAGUAAUCAGAGACUUGCUAUUUUCUGACGACUGUGCCCUAAAUGCCUGCUCUGAAAACGAUCUGCAGAGCAUCGUCAGUGACUUCUCAAGAGCAUGCUCAGACUUCGGCCUUACCAUCAAUAUGAACAAGACUGAAGUCUUAUAUCUACCUGCUCCUGGGAAAGCCUACUUGGAUCCAAGCAUCACUAUAAAUGGACAGGAUAUAAACGCAGUGGACAAAUUCACAUAUUUUGGCAGCACACUCUCCAGGAAUGGAAAAAUCGAUAGUGAAAUCGACCUGCGUAUCGCCAAGGCCAGUGCAUCCUACGGCAGAUUGUCUAUAAAUGUCUGGAACAGACGUGGUAUCUCCACAAACACCAAGCUAGGGGUCUAUAGAGCCGUCAUCCUCCCUACAUUGCUAUAUGCCUCAGAAACAUGGACAGUGUACAGUAAACAUGCAAAGAAACUAAACCACUUCCACAUGACAUGUCUGAGAAAAAUACUAAAUGUCAAAUGGCAAGACAAAAUACCAGAGUGUGUCUGCAAAGCAUCCACACAAUCCUGAUGCAGUCCCAGCUGCGAUGGGCAGGUCACGUCUACAGAAUGGAAGACCACCGCAUCCCUAAACGACUCCUGUAUGGCCAACUAAGCGAAGGAAAGCGCUCGCAAGGUGGUCAAAGAAAGCGCUUCAGGGACACCCUCAAUGCUUCUCUGAAGGCGUUCAGCAUAGACCCAGGCACCUGGGAGACAGAGGCACAUGACAGAGCAUCAUGGCGUCGCGCUGUGAAAACUGGCGCACAGGUUGCUGGGGAAAAAAGAACAAUGCUGGCAGAAGAAAAACGCCAGAAAAGAAAAGCAAGGCCCACGACACUAGCUCCAGCUGGAAUAACCUGCCCAGUGUACGGCCGAACAUUCCGGGCUCACAUAGGUCUCACCAGCCACAUGAGGAGGCAUAAAACCCCAGUGCAAAGCCCUCAGCCCCCUGGAUGACAAAGUGGUCAUCAUCGAACCACGAUGGACGAACUAUAAGUUGCAAUCUGUCUUGGUAAGCAGUAUUGAAGUUAGGGUGAUAGCUUUUUUGGUCACAAUAAUUUAAUUUGAAAAUUAAAGAAAUUUUUUUUGCUUUAGUAGACAGAUUUAUAAUCAUUAAACAUUGUUUUAAAUGUCUAAAAGAUUAAUUAAAACUUGUAAAACUGUUGUGAAAUUAUUUUCACUGUUAUCAGUAUUUUUUAUUCCUAGAUUUAUCACUGCUUUUAGUUUCCUAUAUAAUCGUUGUGUUACUAUUCAAAUGUUGUAU